AUGUCUGGAAGAAGUUUUUCGUUUGCCUCAACAAACCAGUCUGGUUUAAGAAGAAGAAGAAGAGGGAGUAAAUGUUGGUGUGAAAUUGAGUCACCAUUGAUGACAUCAUGGACUUAUGAGAAUCCCGGAAGAAGAUUUCAUGGCUGUGGUAAUUAUAAGGUGAUGGGAAAAAAAGGAUGCAACUAUUUUGAAUGGGUUGAUGAUGACAUGAGCAACCGUGCAAAAGAUAUGAUUAGAUAUUUGAAGAACAAAAAUGAUGAGGUUAUGGAUUUAAUGAGGGACACACAGAAAAAGGAAGACUUGUUGAAGAUGAAGAUAAGGUUUAUGGGUUAUUAUCUGGUAUUAAUGAAAAUGGUUUGUGUAUUUUCUCAGUGUUUAUUUGUCAGUUUAAUCAUUGUUACUUGUGGUACCAAAUGA